AUGCAGGGCUGCAGCGAUUUAAUAGAAAUAAAUGAAACAUGUUUUAUUACAUCCUCAAACAAAAUCAUUUCCUUUCCAGACAAUAUAACAACAGUUGGCCAGUAUGCAUUUGCAAAUUGUGAAAAUUUGCAAAAAGUUGUUUUGAACGAAAACAUAAGUUUUAUUGAUAAAUAUGCUUUCGAUAAAUGCUGGGGAAUAAAUCAUUUCGAAUAUAAAUGCAUUGAUUUCAAUAUGGAAAUACAAGAGUUUCAUUCAUUUGGAUUAAUAAUAAAACCAUCAAAAUUUCUAAGUAAUAAAAUAUUACCUUAUCAAUAUUUUGAAAAUGAUUCUAUAACCACGUUUACAAUUGAUGAAGGUAUUGAUGCUAUAGGAUAUGCUGCUUUUGCACAUUCUUCUAUUCAAACAAUUACCCUCAAUGAAAAAAUCAUAACAAUUCCACAAUUCUGUUUCUAUAAUUGUUUUCAACUAAAAAGUGUCAUUAAUUGCCAUGCAAAAGAUAUAUAUGAUUCUGCUUUUUGUGGUUGUGUUGCGUUAAAUGAUAUAAAUAUUAGCACUGUGGAAUUUAUAGCACAACAUGCAUUCGAAUCUACAUCUUUAUAUAAUUUGGUCGUUUCAGCAAUUUCUAUUCAAGAUUAUGCAUUUGCUAAUGCUAUAAUAUUAAAUUUGGAACUCAAAAAUAAUGUAUCAAUUGGACCCUAUGCAUUUUAUACCAAUAAAUCAAUGAUAAACCAAUUGAUAUUAGGAUCUUCAAUAAUACAGUUACCUCAGUAUAUAUUUUAUGAUUCUAACAUAACAGAGUAUACAAUUCCAAAUAACAUCAAAAUAAUCGAACCAUAUUGUUUCUAUGGCUGCAAAAAUCUCAAAUUCAUUCAUAAUAUUAAAAAUGUUAAUUACAUUGGGUCUAGUGCAUUUGAAGGAUGCAUUUCAUUAACAGGGCUUAUAGAUCUAACAAAUAUCAUCGAAUUUAUAGGAGAGAAAGCAUUUAAAGAAUGCACAUCAAUCACAUCAAUUAAUUGUUCAAACAUGAUUGAAAUUAUACAUCCUGAAACUUUCUUCAACUGCAUAUCUUUAGGUUCAUUUGAAUUUCCAAGAAUACUAAGUACAAUUCAGUCUAAAGCAUUUUAUAAUUGUAUUUCGUUGAAUAAUAUUCAAUUACCAGACACUAUCAUUUCCUUAGAAGAAUCAUGCUUGUAUAAUUGUAAUCUUUCACAAUUUAAUUAUUUGAACAAAUCUUUAGAUCCAUUAUAUUCUAAUUCAAUCUAUAUUGGGUUAAAAGUUUUUGAUCAAUCAAACAUUGAAACAAUAAACAUUACUUGUAAUUCUAUAACAAUAGAUUCAUAUGCAAUUUCCGAAUGCAAUAGAUUAAAAGAGGUUAUAAUUGAUGCAAUGUAUGGAACUAUUUAUCCUAAUGCUUUUAAUAAUUGUCUAAAUUUGAUCAAUAUAGAUCUUAAACAAAGUCAAUUAAUGUUUAUUUCAAUAAGUUUUUAUAAUGUUAGCUUUCAUUCGAUUAGAUUUCCAAAUGGAACUCAAUUUUCUGUAUUUCCUUUUUCUAAAUGUCAAAACCUUCAGGUAGUUAAUUUUGAGGGUAUUUUAAGUGUUAAUGAGUAUAGAAGUAUAGUUGAAGAUUUUCUUUUUGAAUUAAAAUACACCGGAUCAGAGAAAACCGAUUAUUUUGUUGAUGAUUUCUUUACUUAUUUUAUUUAUAUCAAUAAAUUAAAAGUGCAUGUUCCAGAUACUUAUCUUAUUGAUUCAUUUUGCGGAAUAGAUACUAUUAGAGAAAGGGAACCAAUUUCGAAGAGGAAACUCCGUGAAAAAUUGAAGCAUGAAAUAAUAAGCAUUCCUCCAGAUUUCAAUACCACAAUUGUUUGCUAUCAGAAUUAUGAUGAUAACAAACCAACAUUACUUCAUAUUGGUAAAAUUAUAUCCAUGUUUAGUCAAAGUCUUAUUAAUUCAUUAAAAUCCUAA